AGCGCCGCGGCGGCAGCGAAUUUUGCUACAUUUUACGGUGUAAUCAAAAUAUGUGUGAUAAUUACUGUUACACGAGUGUUAAUUUGUUAUUAAUAAGUGAAUAAUAUUGUGACAGAGUGUUUGGUAUUUGUGUUAUGAAGUUUAGUGAAAGUUGACGGAGGUUUUCAAGGAACUUCGGUGUCUCGAGAGUAUUUACCUCAUGGCGGGCUCCGGGGGGCUCGCGGAGUGGUCGGAGGGCGCUGCCGUCUGGUUCCAGCCGACCGGCGCCUCCGCCCCGCUGCCCGGCGAGCUGCUGGAGGUGCACCGUGCCGCCAGGGUGCUGUUGGUCAGCGCUGUCGUCAAUGGCCAGCCUCAAACCUUCGCCCUCCAAAUGGGGAACGGCGAUGAGGAAGGCGACCCAGUGUGGCCUCGUGAGGAACUCGGCCCCACGGGUGUGGAAGACAUGACCCGCCUCCACGAUCUCCACGAGGCAGCCCUGCUAUGGAACCUGAAGCUGAGAUACGAACAGGGGCUGAUCUACACGUACGCUGGUUCCAUACUUGUGGCUGUCAACCCGUAUAGACCCGUCGAUGCGCUGUAUGGCCUGCAGACUGCUAGGAGGUACCACGCAGCGGAAGCCCUAGGCGACCUUCCACCCCAUCUCUUUGCCAUAGCCGCCGCUGCGCGCGCAUCUCUACCUCAGCCACAGGCUAUACUCAUCUCCGGCGAAUCUGGAGCGGGGAAAACAGAGUCCACAAAACUUGCUGUCCAGUUCCUUGCGGCAGUAGCCCCAGCCCCACCAGGCAGAGCGCCCGUCUCCGAACAGAUCCUAGAAGCAGCCCCGCUUUUAGAAGCUUUCGGAAACGCCAGAACGCCAAAAAAUCACAAUUCUAGUCGCUUCGGAAAAUUACUCGAACUUUACUUCAAAGAUGGCGCUUUAGCUGGCGCGAGGGUUGCUCAUUAUCUAUUAGAAAAAUCCAGAAUAGUCACACAGUCGCCGGGGGAAAGGAACUACCAUGUUUUCUAUGAAUUGCUCGCCGGAUUGGACGAAGAACAGAGGAAAGCUCGGGGUCUACUGACCGCGGAACAUUACUUCUAUUUAAAUCAAGGAGGCGACUCGGGAGGGGCCGGCGCUGGUGCCGAUUGGUCAGCUUUAUGUGGUGCCAUGCAAGUUCUCGGAAUAGGGGAUGCUGAAAGAGACGAUAUCGUCAGAGUGCUAGCCGCGGUGUUACACCUGGGGAAUGUGUAUUUUCAUAGAAGACAGUUGCGUCACGGCCAAGAAGGUGUUCAAUUAGGCGGCGGGGCGGAGGUUCGUUGGGCUGCGCAUUUGUUGAAAGUGCCUGCUGAGGCUCUGGCUAGGGCGUUGACUACGAGAGUGACGGCCGCGAGGGCUGAGCGGAUGAGGUCUCCGCUGCCGAUAGACCAAGCUUUGGAUGCACGAGACGCGUUUGCUAAAGCCUUGUACUCUUCGUUGUUCAACUGGUUGGUUCUGCGGAUAAAUUCGAUAGUCCACCGCGCGGGGCUACACGACGCUCACCGGAUAUCUCUCCUAGACAUCUUCGGGUUUGAAGACUUGGAAGAGAACUCGUUCGAGCAGCUUUGCAUAAAUUACGCGAACGAAACGCUGCAGCAUUACUUCAACAAGCACAUCUUCAAGCUGGAGCAGCAGGAGUACCAGAAAGAGAGGUUGGAGUGGUCUAAUUUAACUUGGAAUGAUAAUUCUCCAGUGAUCCAGCUGCUAAGCAAGAAGCCUGUCGGCAUCCUUCACCUGCUGGAUGACGAGAGCAACUUCCCUCGCGCCUCAGACGCCUCGUUCUUAGAAAAGUGCCAUUAUAACCACGCCCUGAAUGAGUUGUAUUCGAGGCCUAGAUUGGGCGCGAGCGAGUUUGGGAUAAAACACUACGCAGGCCAAGUGUGGUACAACGUGGAAGGCUUCCUGGACAAGAACCGUGACGCUCUUCGAGGCGAUGUGCUGGAGUUACUGUGUAGCAGUGAAGUGCCUCUAGUGGCCGAGAUGUCAGCUCAGUUGAGAGCCCAGCACGACGCCAACAAGACUCUGCCGAGAGGAGCCAAUGGGAGAUUCGUCACUAUGAAGCCGAGGACGCCAACGGUGGCGGCGAGGUUCUCCGACAGCCUCCACCAGCUCCUGGAGUCGAUGUCGCGCUGCAACCCCUGGUUCGUGCGGUGCCUCAAGCCCAACACGGAUAAAUCCCCCAUGAGGUUCGACAUGCCGUGCGUGCUGGCCCAGCUGCGGUACACCGGCAUGCUGGACACCAUCAAGAUCAGGCAGACAGGGUACCCCAUCAGGAUACCCUUCCAGAACUUCGUGGACCGAUACAGAUACCUGCUAAAAUCGACUCCACCCCGAUCGACGCCUUACCGCGAGAUCUGUAACUCCAUUUUAGCAGAAAUGCCACCCACAGGAGCUGCCGGUGCAGACUACCAAUUAGGGGCCGCUCGAGUGUUCAUAAGGGAAGCGCUCCACCGCGCGCUGGAGCGAGCGCGCGCGGACAAAUUGAGAGCCGCUGCCACAAAGCUGCAGGCUAGAGUGCGCGGAUACCUCGCCAGAAAACGCUACCACCAAAUACGCCGGGCGACAGUGACGCUGCAGUCGUGGUGGCGCGGCGCGCACGCCCGGCGCCGCUAUACGACGGCGCGGCGCGGCGUGCUGCGUGCGCAGGCGCUGGUGCGCGGCCGCCGCGCCCGCCGGCGAUACGCGGCGCUCAAAGACCAGCACCGACGACGCGUGGAAGCGCAGCAAGUGGCCGCUAAACGACGAGCAGCCGAGCAAAAAGCGCAAAAAGCAAAAGCUGAAAGCCUUCAAGUACUGGAGGUGCCGGCGGAGUUGGCGUUCAUUUUGUCUAAAAUCGACGAGUGGCAGCCACCGCAUACUGACAGGCACUUAGCCAAGGUGGCAGGCGACGUCUAUGCGGAGGAAGAACGCAUUCAACUCCCGAGGGACCUCCAGCAGUUUGCCUUCUCCAAGUUCAGCUCUGUGUACUUCGCUGAUGGAGGCCAACUCAGCCCUAAAAAGCACCCAAUCACCAGACCUUUCUUGUCCAAGGCUGCAGUCAGAGAUCAAGAUUUCAAUGACGCCGUAGCGACAUUCAAGCUAAUCCUUAGAUGGUGCGAUGAAUCUGCCGCUGGUGACGAGGCGAGACAAAAGGUGCUAGCGGACUACAUAGCCUCCCGCGGGAUCUCCUCCCGUGGUCUCCGGGAUGAGAUCCUGGUCCAGCUGUGUAACCAGGCCAGUGGCAGUGGACCUGCCCCUCGCGUGUGGCAGCUCAUGGCGCACUGCCUAGCUGCUUUCCAGCCCACCGCGCCGUUGCACAAAUACCUAGUCCGCCUCGUGUCGGAGCGUGCGCCCGCGCCGUGGCGCGCGCUGCUGCUGCGGCUGCUGUGCGGCGCGGGGGGGAGCGCCGCGCGGGGGGGCGCCGUGCCGCGCCGCGCGCCGCCCACCGCGCUCGAGUGGCGCGCCGCCAGCGCACACGCCCAGCCCGCGUUGCCGCUCCGCCUCUAUGACGAUACCGUCCACCACGUGUGCGUGGAAUCGUGGACGACGUGCGAGAAAGCGGCCGCGGCGGCUCUUUCAGCGGCGGGAAUUACACACGAUGCUACCGGCUGGACGCUUUGCAUGGAACACAAUUCCCAGCUCACUGAAUGGGCGGGCUGCGAAUAUGCAUUGGACGCUGUGGGUGAAAUCGAGACUUGGAGCGCCAUGCCCACCGGCCGCACGGAGCCCCUCCGCGCUACCGGGCCCAGGAUAUCCUCCCUGCAGCCCCCGGCGCCUCCGCCCCGGGCUUCCUCAGUCGAAGACCGGUCUGCUAGACCUCAGGUGCCACCACCCGAACCACCGAAAUCCCGUUCUCCAAGCAUUCCACGCUUACUCCAAGAUUCCAUUGACGAAGGCCUCUCUGAAUACAACUGGAAACUUGAGCGGGAAGAAACCCACGCUGCCACCAAACACAACGACUAUUCUAGAAAAACUUCUCACGACAUUCUGUCAAGGGAGUCCGCUCUCAACGAAAGAUACUUCGAACAGAACAGUGACAAAGUCAGAAGCAGGUCUUUGGAUAAUCUCCUCGGUGACAAUCCUGUGCCUCAACCAACGAAACUGGCUGAUUUAGGACUAUCGCAAUCACGUCUCAAUGAUCGUUAUCACUCGGUGGAGAGGUUAGGCGGCGCGCCGAGUGUGACGAGUAGUAAAGGAGCAAUGGAGAUCGAAUAUGGGACUGGAUCUAGGGCGGUGCCGUCGAGGUACAUAAAGUCGCAGUACGCGGGGAAACGGGCGCCCGCCGGGUCGCAAUCUAGUCGAGCGUAUAUCGAGAAGAGCUCUGAAUUUAGUGGUGUACGGUCAUCAGCCAUGUCUGACACAUCAGAAGCCCCCAGUCUGGCGUCACACGUGCGGCGGGUCCGCGUGCCUUCACAGGCUUCAGACGUCGACCAAUUCUUAGACGAUCUCUUUUCGCCAGUAUUAGACCCUAAUAUAGACGAACUAUCUGAUGCGCGCUCAUUGGCUGCCAGCAUCAAGGGAGGCAAAAACUACGCAGCAUUCAUUGACAGCAUCCUCAGCUGUGACUAUGAUGAACAGAUCAACACACUGAACAGUGAAGAUCUAGGUAGACUCAUCAAAGGAGGCGGGAAAGAUGAAAAAGAUAAAGGCAGGACUAGCAGAAAGGAAUCCAGCGUCGAUUCCGUCGAUGAUUAUAUAACUAAUCUGUUUGAUCCAAUUUUUAUGAAUGAUAGCCUGAAGAGGUUGACGGACGGAGAAGGUCUUUCGGAAGUGAUUAAAGGCGGCGGUGCUACGCCUAGAGCGGCUUCAGCUAAUACUUCGGCUUUGAGCUAUGGAGGCAUGGCAUUACCAUCGACGAUGCCUACUACUCCUGAGGCAUUAGCUGCAGCUUUAGGCCUCCAUCUUCCUCCACCAGGAACCGUUGAUAUAAACGCGUAUCACCAAAAUCUACAAAGGGCUUUCUUGCAAAGCGCAAUGGCACAGAAUUUGCAAAUUCAGCAACAAUUGUUAGCUCAAAAUCAAGCCCUGCAGACUUUAUUAGCGGGACAAGUAGUUGAACCGAAUGAGAAUGAACCGACGUCUCCAGUGAGAUCUUCUACAGUAGUACACGCUCAGGUUCAUUCUCCACCGAGGAUAUCAACUAAAAUAAGACGAGAAUCUAAUGAAAGUUCAUCGACCGGAGCUCCCCCACCCCCUCCACCGCCGAUGCCCCCUCCGCUACACGCGACAGAUCCUUCAGAAGUUCGUGGAUUUAUGGAUCCUUAUGGCAGAGCAAAAACUGUACGCAUAGGCAAAUGGAGAUGGCCACCACCUAAAGACGCGACUGGACAAGAACAAACCCAAGAUUUCACUAAGUUUAAAAUGCGUCAGAUACAACGAAGAAUUACACCACAGGCUCAAACCAAUGGUGUUGAACACGAAGCUCCAAGAGGUCGAUCACGUUCUGAAGCAUCUCCUGGUAUUGAAUGGGAAGAGUUUGAAGUCGAUGGUCCCGUAUCUCCGAGUAGAGAACCUCCAAGUCAAAGAACUGCUCGAAGAAGCUUCGAGAUCGGCGCGCAAAGGCCUUCGCCGGGCAGCGUCGGAAAACUUAAACUGAGUUCUGAAAUGCGGCAGAGAUUAGAACGAGUGACCGCUAAUCACUCCGUUCGUAGUUCGUCUUCCGCUGCAGAAACUCCGCGUACUGUGAAUAAACUGGAAGACACUAGAAAGCUGAUGUUGGAACGGCAGUUAGGAGGUGGUGGUCGCUGGGAUGCUCCGCCCCCACCUUUACCCCCUGCUCCUCCAGGUCCUGCCCCUCCUCCUCCUAAAUCGCCUCCAACUCCUCCAGACAGGCCAGCUCCACCUCCUCCGGCACCUGAUACGUCUACUUUCGCUCAACUCAGACGCGACAGAGAUACGUUCGGAGUACACCAAAACAGAGACGCGGACGACCGUCACGCCUUCCUCGCCAAUUGGAACUCCAGAAGAAAAGACGAGUCUGAAGCUUCCCGCGAUGACUUGGCUUCUCGAUUCUUAACAUCGGAUCGUCGAGAAAGAAACUCGCGUAACCUCAAAGACGAUUGGGGCGACGAAUCGGAAAUCGGAAGAAGUUAUAACGGCGAUAGGCAGCAAGGUCGCGACGAGUGGGACUCAGAAUCGGGAGUGGAUAGUCGUCGUGAUCGUGACAACUUCUCCGGGAGAGAAGCGUCUGAGAUUUAUGAGAUUCAUCCAGCAAGAGCUGAGAGGCGUAGAGAAGAGAACGGUGUUGACGAGUUCGACCACAAACGAUCACCUUUCUAUGACGAUUUCGAACGGUUUGAUGGGAGGAAGAAUUCAAGGGAUAUGUUGGUUGGUCGCGCUAGAGAUAGUCCCCGUUCGGACGUGGUGUACCCACCGGAGAACGGCGAUCUGAAAAGGACGGAGAGAGCGACGUUCAAGACUCACAUGCAACAGAAGGAAAGAGACAGAAAGAUUGAAGCGGAGAGAAGACAUUCGGUGUCCACUCACGUUACCGAUAAAACUGAACACAUUGAACGUGAUGUGCCAGCGCCGGCGGCUCUCCUACCGUCAAACAAGGCUUUCCUCACAUAUAGCCGAGUGCCAUGGAAGUUGCGCGUGCGCAAGGAGAUCUUCACGCCGCUAGAGACAUACAAUGACCCCGCCAUAUUGGAUUUACUCUAUUUACAGAUAGUGCACGACAUAAACUCGAACAUGCCAUCUCUACGGAUGUCAACGAGCGAGAAACGCGCAGGCGCGGCGUGGUUGCGAUCACAAAAUGGCGUCUCGCCGCGUGCGCAGACCAAACGACAAGCAGUAGAGAUGGCCAGGUCCUGGCCUUUCUACUUCGCAAGGCUUUUUGUGGCCAGAAUACCGCCAGGAGAAAACGCCGUGUUAGCCGUUUCGCAUAGUGCGGUCACAAUUGGAGUUAAAAGUCCAUCAGGUCUAACAGUGCGGCGGUCGCUGCCGCUGGGCGGGCUGCGCGCCUCGUCGCCCGCGCCGCACUCGCUGCAGCUGAGCGCCGCGCGCGAGCCCCCGCUCACGCUGCACGUGCCGCGUGCGCAUCACGCGCACUCGCUCAUAGCCGAGUUCUCUCUGCAACACUCUCAGAUUCAACCCAAACCAACGACAAACGGAGUGACCAAGGAACGGCUGCCCGAACGCGACUCCAGAGAAAUUAGAGAAUCGCGGGAAAUUCGAGAAAUUAGGGAAUCGAGAGACGAGACGGAACAUAUAGAGAGGAGAACGCAGACCGCCUCGCCCGUACCGCGGGAUCGUGAGAGGGAGAGGGACAGAGAUAGGGAACGGGAUCCGAGGGAAAGAGACGAAAGGAGAGACCAGUCUACGCCACAGCAUGACGGAAGACACCCACUUCUGCAGUUUGCUGUGGACCACUUUAGACAGAGCCCAGAACUAGAAAUCCUGAAAGCGGACUCGUCACUGAAGAGCAAGGCGAAACGCAACGAAUGGACAUGGAAAGCGCAGACCGACGUGGUGAAAUGGCAGUCGUCGCCUCUACGCGCGCCACUUCUGCGGCUCCCGGCUGCGCUGGCGCCGCCCGCGUUGGAGUGCUUCACGUGCGUCCGCGCAUACUGCGGGGAUCUGCCCCCGGCUGAACGAGCGCUGCAUCAGGACCUUACUGAAGUUAAAUGUGUUUAUACUGUUCUGAUGCACUGCCACGCAGUCCCAGAGCUCCGGGACGAGGUGUACUGCCAGCUGAUGAAGCAGACCACCUCCAACCGCUCCCCGUCCCCAGACUCCUGCCAGCGAGCCUGGCGCCUCAUGUCCAUACUGGCUGCCUACUUCACUUGCUCAGACACGCUCAGGCCGUUCCUAGUAGAAUAUCUGUCAGCGGCGGCGGCGGACCGCCGGCGGCCGUGUCAGGGCACGGCGGCCGUGUGCCUCGCUAACUUGAGGAAGACGUUACGCUGUGGAGGGAGGAAGAAUGUUCCUAGCGUCGAAGAGGUGACGGCGGUGUCGGCGGGCCGCUCGGCGCGCCGCCAGCUGUACCGGCUGCCGGGCGGCGCCGAGCGCGUGGUCAACACGCGCUGCGCCACCGUAGUUCAGGAUAUCGUCAACGAAUUGGCCGAGCUGAUCGGCGUUACAAGCGAAGCGGAGCGCGCGGAGUUCUCCCUCUACUGCAUAGUGGCAGGGGACGCGCUGACGAUGCCCCUGGCGGGCGACGAGUACGUGCUGGACGUGACCACCGAGCUUCAGAGGGCGCACCAUCCCUUCUACCUCAUAUUCUGUCGGUCCGUGUGGCAUCAUCCUCUCAGGACUGAUGCCCCGCCGCUGUACACUGAAGUUCUGUUCAAUCAGGUGGCGCCGGACUACCUCGAGGGGCUCCUCCUAGUGCUCCCAGGCGGGGGUUCCCCCGGGAGCCCCGUGCUCCGGGACGCGGCGCUGGUGGCAGCAUUACUGCACCGGGCCGCCGCGCUGUCUGACGCCCCACACCCUCGGGACCUCAAGUUCCUGCUCCCGAAACCGUUGUUGGCGUUGCGAGAGCCUCGCCCUAAUAAGUGGGCGUCGUGGGUGGCGGCCGAGUGGCCCGCCGCUAGGGCCCUCACUCCGGCGAUGGCUAAAUCUAAAGUGCUACAGGUCCUGUCCCGCUGGCCGCUGUUCGGCUCGUCGUUCUUCGCGGUGCGGCGCGUGAGCGGGCCCGCGGCCGGCGAGUGGCGCGAGCACGUGCUGGCGCUCAACCGGCGCGGCGUGCACCUGCUGCACCCCGCCACGCACGAGACCGACACGCACUGGCCGUACAGCGAGCUCAUCUCCACUAGGAAGGUGCGGUCGGAGGACGGCACACUGUUCCUGGACGUGAAGUGCGGCUCGCUGCUCCAGCAGCGCGUGACGCGGCUGCAGGCGGAGCAGGCGCACGAGGUGGCGCGCCUCGUGCGCCAAUACGUGGCGCUCCAGCGGGACAGGGACCACCGGCACGACUCAGGCUUCAACGCUUGAGCUUUAGGCAUGUGAACAAAACUGUAUAAAGACUCAUGUGCAGUGUACAUUAUAGAAAUCAUUGCAUGUAUACGUAACUUACCUCAAGUCUCAACAUAUCCGUCCAAUAUAUCUCCAAUAUAUAUCUUACUUUAUAUAUAUUAGGCGAGUUAUAAUUAGAUUAAAAUGAUAAUAGGAUUGCUAGGAUUCAAAUGCGCGCGUUCUUAACGACCCGCGUCACAUGUCAUACUUCUAUUUUCAUUUUGGUCCUAAAGUUUUUCUUGUACAAGAUAUUAUUUAGCAUAAGUCCACAAUGAAAACAUUCCAAGGGCGUGGAAUUAAGUACAUUAGUUUAUUAUUGUAUUGUAAUUUAUACGAAUAGUAAUAUAAGAUCUGAAAUAUCUAUGUCAUGCAUUAAAUUAUAUUUACUCAAAAUCUUAUUUUGUUUUAGUAAUCAAUGUAGAAUUCGAAGAAAUGCAAAUAAAUUAACAAAAUAAAUGGUUUUAAAUAUUAUUUUGAAAUGUAGCAUGUUUAUAAAAUAUAUUAGUAACUUUUUAUUGUAUAAUGUUAUAUAAAUUUAGUCGAAACAUUUAAUGGAAUGCGUAUUAUGUUAUAAAUAGUAUCGUUUUUCCAUAAUUUUAAUAACAUGUAUACAAUUUAUAAUAUAUUUUAGAAUAAGUAUCAAAUUAAGUACCACAUUUCUAAGCAUUGUCAUAAUAAUCUAACCUACAUAAACUUUGCAAUAAGUUGUAACCUUCCUCAACACUGUUGAUCUUGAAGACGAUAAACAUUGAUGUUAUACCUAUUACCUACGUCCUGAAUAACAGAAACAGAGACGCUAUACGAAGCGGUCUUCGUAGAUUUGCGACACAAUUAUGAAUAAUUCUACAAACGUUUUUACUAGAAGAAAUUUGUGGUAACUUAAAACGAAAAAUAGCGACUUGUUUUUGGACGCAUAGUCUCAAAGUUAAUAUAAAUAAAGAAGAUAGUUUCGAGGUCCACCCACAGAUUUCCAUUACCUAUUUUCAAUUGUUUUCCUUUUUCUGUCCAUUUCGAUAUUUUAUUAAUACAUUUAAAACUGUAAUGACCUUACUUAGUCUGUCUUCCACGUUUUUCAAUAUGAAGGUGCUAUUUAUAAAUGUAAAUCAUAAAACUAAAAAACAAUUUAUUUGAUACAUUCCGUUGUCCAAAGACAGUCUGGUUGGAGUCAUAAUAUUAGUAAUAAGUUAUGUCAUUUAUGUAAUAUAUUUAAAACCAUAUUCCAUGAAAUAUACUGUAGAUACUAAUAAAAGUUAUAUUUUUUACAUA